CAGGCGCAAGAAUGACGUCAUUACCAGUGCGACAGAAACAAAGUAGCUUCGCGAAUCACAUUUAUCAAAUGACAGAAUUCACUCCUAGAGCAUUGACUGAGUUCUGCAAGUAGAGAAAACUUAAAUACACUGUUUGGGGAGCAGACGUACAGGAUCACAUGCCCUAAAGUCAGUACUGUAUGGCUGGCCGUCGUGCUUUGAAGGCCGUGUUGGUGGAUCUCAGUGGCACUCUGCAUGUGGAAGACUCGGCAAUCAAUGGGGCACAGGAGGCUCUUCAACGGUUGAGAAGCUCCUCUCUUGAUGUGAGAUUUGUGACAAACACUACAAAAGAAUGUAAAAGAACAUUGUUCGAAAGACUGAAAAAGAUGGAGUUUGGUAUCAGUGAAGAUGAAAUUUUUACAUCUUUGAGUGCAGCAAGGAGUUUGGUGGAACAGAAACAGCUCAGACCCCUGCUUCUGGUCGAAGACAGUGCACUAGAGGAUUUUGAAGGGAUUGAUACCAGUGAUCCCAAUGCAGUUGUAAUUGGAUUAGCCCCUGAGCAUUUCAACUAUCAAACAAUGAACAGAGCAUUCCGGUUAAUUCUUGAUGGUGCUCCACUGAUUGCAAUCCACAAGGCUAGAUACUAUAAGAGGAAAGAUGGUUUAGCCCUGGGACCUGGGCCUUUUGUGACUGGUCUAGAAUAUGCUACUGACUGCACAGCCACAGUCGUGGGAAAGCCAGAAAAAACUUUCUUUCUUGAGGCUCUCCGAGGCAUUGGAUGUGCUCCAGAGGAAGCCAUUAUGAUUGGUGAUGAUGCAAGAGAUGAUGUUGGUGGAGCACAAGCAGCUGGAAUGCAGGGAAUUCUAGUAAAGACUGGAAAAUACAGACAAGGAGACGAAGGAAAAAUAAAUCCAGGACCUUACGUGACCUGUGAGAACUUUCCACAAGCAGUGGAUCACAUACUGGAAAAUUUGAGCUAACCGUUGUCGUCAAAAUUGUGCUGAUGUUGGAAUGUGAUAAUGGCAAUGCCAAUAGAAAUGAAUAAAUUAAUGAUUUUAAGUUA